GGCCGUACGAAAGACCUGUUCAUGAUCUUUCAAAGAUAUACAGGCAAUAUUGGGCAAUAUUGGAAAGUAAGGUUAUAUAGACUUCGCUUCUUAAAAUAGACGCCAGAAUCCUAGGCAGUCUGGGCUAGCAAACUAAUUAUAUAGUUAAAAAAAGGCAUUGGUUAAUAACCUACAAUAACCUUAUACCUUACUACCCCUGAUUUGACUGCGUCCACCUGUAUACUGCAGAUCCAACCUCGUCCAAUUGGUUUACACCCACUCUCCCUGGUCGAUGCGUGGGUAGAUUGUUGAAACCAACUCAAAGGCUAGGGUCAGCAGGAGGAACAUGCACCAAAGGAGGCGAACCUAUGUGUUGGUCAUCUGGUAUUGGUCGUCUGGUUUCGGUCUGCGACGACGAACAAUCAAUCCUGUUGGAUUGUCGUUGUGCGCAUCUCGACGGGCGCUAAUAGGUUCCAACGUAGCAGCCACUCUAGCACCGGGUACUACAUGAUAAGGACAAACUGCAACUUUGGUGCCUCUAUUCAAACCAUACCCUUGACCAUUAGCAUACAAUAGGCCACAAGGGAGUACGCCACAAGGGAGUACUGACGAUCUUCCAUUCUUAGACUAUUAUGCUUUUAAUUAACCGAAGUACUCUUGAAAUACCCCAACCAUGUCAUAUAAGCUACAAUACCCAACACUGCUUCUAUACAAUAACCAGUCCCAAGAUGCAAGCCAUGCAUGCGGCAGAUGGAAUUCCAAUCAUCAAUUCAUUCGAGCAGGAAUCAAGCCCCAAUUCUUCCGAAGCAGGCACCCAACCCACAACGCCAGAGCCUGGUCAAGCGGGGAACUGGGGUAGCUGUGGACAGCCUACCCCUGAUACCUCGCCGGAAUCCAUCAUUAACGUACCUAGUCAUCGCAAGAAGGCGCCCGUGUGUCUGGAUUGUCAAAGGGAUAUUGGUCCUGUGACAACUAUCUCAUCAGACAUACCCUCGACCGAAGAGAUCGCGGACGCUACAAGUACAGGUUGCUGCUCGCAAUACCUAAUCCACAACAAGCACUACGAGAAAAUUGUAGAUGAGAGCGAUCACUGCUCGCAUUACUCUACUGAUAGCGAGGUCAGCGAAGAAGCAUCUACAGCCUCGUGCCCGGAGCAAGAAGUAAUCUCUUCCUUGCUUGCAUCGCUACGUAACUCAGUUAUCAGCUUAUUCAACCUGGCCCGGCAACGUAACUCCCGGGCAGAUGCCCGGGUACAGGAUACGAUCAGAUUGAUCAAAUCACUACCAACAAUCAGACGUACUUGUAUCAAGAAUCCAACUAGAAAACUUACUCCUAGCCAGUACAAGCAAUUGUUUGAAAUAAUACAAGAUAGCGAGGACUUUCCAGACAAACUACGAUUUGAGUAUACACACUCUAUACAGCAGUUCGAAAUCCGAAUGGUUACUAGGGUACAUGAAGGAAUAGCGGGGGAAUUGAAUAAGCGGUUUACAUUGUGGCAAGCCGAGCUUGAGAAAUCGAACAAUCCUGAAAUCUCUAAUGCCGCUAAGACCCUUCGAUCACACGGCAACGAACAUCUUGAACUUCCUGCUUUAAAAGAAGCGAAGGAUUCGAAAUCGCCUGAUGGCGGAAUAUUACAUGACUGCAAGCUUGCGUGCGAUUAUCCAGCCUUGUUAUUUGAGAUCGAAUUUUCUCACCACACUAAAGAAGAGCUAAAAGAUAAGGCUAAAGCAUAUAUAGAACGUUCAAAUGGCAAAAUCCGCACCGUUAUUGGAGUAUAUAUGGGCGCGAUAUAUAAAGCUGAGCGUAAGAAUGAGAGAAGGCUAAAGAAAAUGUACCGCACUAGCGAAAUGAAUGAAAGCGAAGCGCAGGCCUACGCAACCGAUGAGAAAAAUAUAACAGGAGAAGCUUCAAUUUUGGUAUGGCGAGCAACGAUCCAGAAAAACAACAAAGUAGCGAUUAGGCGCGUCCAAGAACAGAAAUUCCGAGGUGCAACAGGCAAAGCAAUUCAAUCAACGCCACUACACAUUUCUUUAGAGGACUGUGUUUGUGAGAGCGAUAUAAGCUCAGUAAGAAAGUCGAAAACACCCCUACUCGAGGUAUCGUCGGAAUCCCUUUGCCAGAUCAUUAAAAAGGACCUUGAAAUUCACCGAAGAAAAAGAGCGAAAAUAAUACGACAACAGGUGCAAGAAGAGAAAGAAAAGAAGAGGAGGAAGGAAGAGGAGGCGAGGCAGAGGGAAGAGGAGCGACUACGAAGGGCUGAGGAAGCCAGGAUGCCUGGGAAUGUAAGGGUGUUGGGCCGCGUUUUCAACCCAGUGGGAAGAUUUCAUUUCUCUGCUAGAAACCUCUAAGGGGAGCUCGAAUGAGUACAGGUUAGGUGCGAGGGGACUAGAAUACUUGAAAUCAGAGGGACAGAAUGUGGUGGAUGAUCUUUCAGCUGUGCGGAAGGUAUUGAAUACGUCUAUUUGAUUGAUUGAUUGAUUGUGUCCGUACACGGAUCUAGGAAAUCCUCAUUGCUUCCCCGGAGCGGUACCUCCCGUACUGUCAGAUUGGAGCCAAUUACCUGAAAUCUGGUCAGAAUUGUAUGCUGUCUUUUUUUUUUUUUUUAUAUCUCUCUACGGCACCUAUUUCUUAUAGCUCCUUUCUUAACCUAUGGGUGGUAGGGGCGCUCGUCGUACCAUCAUGAUACGUUAUAAUGGCGUGACUCUAUAGAGGUAAUCGUUAUAUCCAGCACAAGGGCUCAUAUAGAGGGCUUGGGGCUUAGUUAUAUUCAACUAAUAAAAUUUUAAGGAUCUCUUAUAGCC